GCGUGCGUAUUCGCAACGUUUAAACCCUUGAUAUCUAUCCGUUUCUGUAAAAGAAUAAGCGGAACGUACCGGCCUCAUGAUGGGUCUGACUUACAUUGGGACGGUACGCAUGUAAGACUGUGUGGCUGCUCAGGCAAGACAGGCCUCCCGAAAGAAGAAACGAGCUUUUCGACGGAAGAGGCCAAAAAAAAAGGCAGCACUACUCAAUCCAACAUGGAGUCACUGAAAAAAUUUUUUGCUAAACUACGGAACACGCUUCCUUCUAAAAAGUCCGUUGUCGUAAAGGAACCGAAGCGUAACAAGCUCACGACGACGAAGAGCCAUUGCCGGCGAAGAGCGGCACUCGCCAUUAAACGACAGACCAUCACUGCUCUAGUCAUUCCAAGUAUUAUGAUCAUUACGGUUGGAGGACUUGUGAUUCCGCUGCACUUCCUCUUCGGCUUGGCCGUCUUUUGCUUUGGUCUAAUACUGUUAUUACCGCUACCGUUGGUGAUAUGGAAAAUGAAAACCUUCCUCGUUGAAGAAGACUGCAUGUGCUGUUGUUGUUGCUCAGCGGUCGCGAGUGUGUCGAGUACAAUCGAUCGCAAGAUAAUGAUGGGCUCUAUGAGCUGCAUUAACGGGAUGGUCGACGUGGGCCCGUCAUACGUCAACUAUGCGUAUGAUGCACAUCUCGACUUCCCUUCAUCGCGGCCGAUGACUCCUGCGUCCUCAUCAUUUUACACAAUCAAUUCGUCCUUGUCAGGCUCAUUGCCGGUUCUCAAUUCCGGAAUCAUCCGUGAGAGCUCCCUCAUCUGAAGGAGUUAGCUCACUAGGUGGAUAGGCCUUAUUUGUCGAUCUGCUGGACCCUCUCAUCACCAGCGUCAAUCAAUUUUAUCACGUGGCCGCAUUAACUCGAGGCGCUCCAUCAACAGCACACCCUCGAUGGCGGAAAUCGACGAUCAUAAAAGAACAUCGAGAUAAAAUCGAAAACCAAUUGAGACUGAGAACGUGGCCGGUGGUGCUGUUUCAUAGCCACAUUUCUGCGGUGUUUGAGGGCUGGACAACAACCUGAUGCAUCGACUACAUUCUAGCAGUCAGUUCCUCAUUUAUACAACCGAAUGAAACUGUCCAUAGGCUUCACGAAAUUAUGGUGAUGCAGGCGAAAAAAAUGUUUAAUGUUUUUGUACAAGAUGGCGAAAUUGUUAGAAACGUAAUACGUUGGAUGCGAUAAUUAAUUGUGAAGGAUUUGAGAUUAUCUUCGGUAGAAGUUAACUGGUAAGAAUUAAACUACGCGAUUUGGGUCCAACUAUUGAAGAUUUAAGGAAUCUACAUGGACAUUCAGUCCCUGAAGGAUAUCUGGUUUACAGAUAAAGCUUCUUUUAGACAGAUGCCAGCCCUGGGAACUCCGACGGCCAAUAGUAGAUCACACGAGAACGACACACCUAAAGAACCUUGUCCCGGGUAUAUUUUUCGAAGGAAACAAUGUUCAGUCAUCAAUGAAACAAUAAUAUUUUGCCUUCAAUCAAAUACGUUUAGUCAACAAAUAUAUAUAUAUAUAUAUAUAUAUAUAUAUAUCACACACCCUGCCUUUUGUUGAAGUCCAAAAAGUCUAGCCCACAUAUUCCGCAAGAAUAGCAACGAUCUCCACCCUUCAAGUGUCCCAUGAGACCUACAGCUUAUAACAUAAUAAUUCAAUUAGAUUUAGCAGUUUAAUUCAGCUUUUUCAAUUCGAAUUCAAGGCGGCAACGGCCUGCUAUCUGGGAUCAACUUUCCGGUCAGCCUAUUGAGUUGCCCAACUGUAUAUUUCCAAUUAGACAUUUGCCAAACCCGGACAUCAUCGGGCUGUUCUAGGUAAUAAACGAAAGAAAUGUGUUACUAUAGUUGAUUAUUUUUGAAACUGCCCAAGUUGGAAACUAUAUCUUGAUAUCCUGGAUCCCUUUACAUAUGCGUAUGCAGGAAUACAUUGCUAAGGUAAGGAAGCUGGCUUCAUAUACACGAACGCUGGCUUGAAGCCACAGAGUUAGUCUGACACAGUUUUGUGGGGGUUCCAUAAGCGUUUCUUGAUCCGGAGCGAUCUACUGGAUUCUCCGGAGCCAGAAAAACGUUGCGAAUUUGACCGCCAAUUGCAGUGGUAGCAUUUCUUAACGAGCAAUCCUUGAAAAUAUCUAUCGUGCCUCCUGUUUGCUUUGGGCAAUAUAUAAUAUUAGGUAACUUUAUUUUUCUUUCUAACUUUUCCAGUUCUUGUUCCUAUAGUGAAAUAAUUUUUGUGGGCAAGACUUGCAGAUUAAUCUGUCCGGGUUGGCAUCAGGGUUGGCAAAACCAUACCUGCUGGCACCGUACAAAAAAUACCUAAGCUGAACGUUGACCAAUGGUGUACUCCGCUGAUGGUCGCGCUGAUAAAAACGAUGAUGAGGUAUAACUGAAGUGAGAUCGUAUCGCUAUGUAUAUACCGCGUAUUUGAAUGACUGAUAUUGAUUCCUCGGCGAGCUUCAAAUAAAACGUGACGCGUUCGAACCGACGGCCGUAAGCGAUAAUGACUCGAGGCUCGAGCGAAAACA